AACCAAGUUAUAAAAUAUUAACGUUCUGCAUUUGUAUGAAAAUUAUAUUAUUCGUAGUUGUAGCAGCCAACUCAUUGGCCUGCAGAGGACUGGACCACUUGGAGGAAAAGGUACCAGCCUUGCAGUAUCCACCUGAAGAGCUAACAGCAAGCAUCAAGGAGCUGGUGUCAUCAACUUUGGAAACUGCCAAGGAUAAUGUUGCCUGUCCAAUCAAACAUACCUCUAAUGUUGUAUUGGACAAGGUAUCUACUGGGUACCAGCAGAGUAAGAAUGCCUUAAGUGACAGCAUACAUUAUGUCCUUAACAGCAAGCUUGUCUGCCUGGCUGAGCAGAGAGCUGACAGGGCUCUUAGUCUGUUGGAAAACCUGGUCGACUUUGUCCUUCCUGUAUCUUCAACUGAGACAGAGGAUGAUGGGAGUAUGGGAGAGCAGGCGCCUGAUGUUGGAGCCUCUGGCCCAAAGCCCAGCUUCAGCAGGCUGGGAGCACUGGCCGGCACCAUCUGCAGACGGGCGUUUGAGAAGACAGCUGCACAACUCCAGCGCUCCAAACGUCAAGGUCAGGGACUGGUCACACAGAUCCCUGGCGUGAGUCCCCUGAUUCCUAGGCAAUCUUCCAAGCCAGAAGGAGGAUCCCAAAUGGUGGAAAACGAUAGAUCAAAAGAAUGUGUGAGUUGCUCUCUGGUGCUGGAGACUAGUGUAGGAGACCACAUUCACAGUCCCAGUGGCAAUUCUCAAAAGCAGCCCCUUAAGGUUACGGAACUCAAGGAGAUAUCAGAGGAGACCCGUCAGCUGAAGAAGGUCAUGAAACAGAUUCCUAUGCAGCAGAAAGUAGUUCUUGGUGGCAAUAACAAGAAAGUAUCCAACCACAGACCCCCAAGGAAAAGUCUGAAAGAUUGCACCCAGAUCUCCUCCUCAUCGUCUUCUUACAUUCAAACAGUGCAAAACAGCAGAAAUGCCUCCCCUACUGCAGAAUGAGAAUGGAAGAAUAGUCAGAGUGGGAUGUGGGUUUCAUUAUUUAUCCUGCAGGUCUGUCAUGUUCAUUUAAAGCAUAGCAGUCAUGGGUCAU